UUGACUCAACGCUUCCCCCUGUUAAUAAUAGACUUGGAGUGAGGUGAAAGAAGACUGUAUAUGUUUGCAUCUAUAGCUGUUAUAGAUGUUUUAGGUUUAACCGUCACAGGUAGGCAGCGGACAUGGCUGCUGCUGCUGCCUUACUCCUCGCCUCACUGACUCUUGCCUGUUCAGCUGUGAGUGGAAAUUUGGCCUCUGGAGAGAGAUCUUUCUCUAUAGACUACAAAAGCAACUGUUUCCUGAAAGAUGGGAAGCCUUUUCAGUACAUCUCAGGGAGUAUCCACUACUCCAGAAUCCCACGGUACUACUGGAAGGACCGACUCACGAAGAUGUACAUGACUGGACUGAAUGCCAUCCAAGUAUAUGUGCCCUGGAACUUCCAUGAAACGGUACAGGGAGUUCAAAACUUCACAGGAGACAGAGAUCUGGAGCAUUUUUUGGAUCUGGCCAACCAGACAGGUCUGCUGGUCAUCCUGCGUCCUGGACCGUACAUCUGUGCUGAAUGGGAAAUGGGUGGACUGCCAGCGUGGUUACUUCAAAAGCCAAACAUCAUACUGCGCUCUGCAGACACAGAUUACCUGCAGGCAGUCAGCAACUGGCUUGCUGUUCUCCUCCCCAAAGUGAAACCUUGGCUCUAUGUUAACGGGGGAAACAUCAUUACUGUCCAGGUUGAGAAUGAAUAUGGGAGUUACUACAGCUGUGACUACAACUACAUGCGUCACCUGCGCACUCUCUUCCGCUUCUUUCUGGGCGAGGACGUCAUCCUGUUCACCACUGACGGAAACACAGACAAGGAAAUGAUAUGUGGGACUCUGGAAGGAUUAUAUGCCACAAUAGACUUUGGGACAGACACCAACAUCACUGAAGCCUUCGCCCGGCAACGACGAUUUGAACCUCGAGGACCCCUGGUGAACUCAGAGUUUUACACUGGCUGGCUGGAUCACUGGGGAGAUCAGCAUGCUGUGGUUGAUGCUCAGAAGGUCAGCAGAGUGCUAGGAGAAAUGCUAACCAUGGGGGCCAACGUCAACAUGUACAUGUUUGAAGGAGGAACAAAUUUUGGCUACUGGAAUGGUGCUGAUCAUGACACCAGGUUUCGCUCAGUAGUCACAAGUUAUGAUUACGACGCCCCGCUGACUGAGGCAGGCGACCCCACAGAGAAGCUCUUGGCUAUUAGAGAUGUCAUAAAGCAGUUUAGAGAGAUUCCCUCUGGCCCCAUGCCACCAGCAACUCCCAAGUUUGUCUAUGGUUUUGUGACCCUGCAAAAGGUUGGGUACAUUAGUGGCCUGUUGAACACCCUUUCACCCCUGGGACCAAUCAAAUCUCAGUAUCCUAUUACGUUUGAAGAGGUGAAACAGUACUAUGGAUACGUGCUAUAUCGGACCACGCUGCCGCAAAACCUCUCAGAGCCCACACCACUUAUCUCUCCACUGAAUGGGGUUCAUGACCGUGCAUAUGUGUCCGUCAAUGGGGUUUUCCAGGGCCUGUUAGAGAGAGACACUGUGCUGGUGAUGAAUGUCACUGGACAGCAGGGGGACACACUGGACAUCCUCGUAGAGAACAUGGGCAGGGUUAACUUUGGCAGCAAGAUCAAUGACUACAAGGGCCUGUUGAGCAACUUGAUCCUGGGUAAAGAUGUUCUGACUGACUGGAAGAUUUACCCUUUGGACAUUGACGGAGCCGUUACUGGUGGAUGGCCUCACACCAACAGCCGAAAGUCUGACCCUGCUCCUCGGAGAGAACCUACACGUGGACCAACCUUCUACAUGGGGACUUUGCAGCCCAACGGCUUAGCAUGGGACACUUUCCUCAAGCUCAAUGAAUGGACUAAGGGUCAGGUUUGGAUUAAUGGUGUGAACCUGGGACGAUACUGGCCAGCCAGAGGGCCUCAGCAGACUGUGUUUGUCCCCGGACCCCUGCUCAGCACCACCCUGCCCAACAACAUCACGGUGCUGGAGCUGGAAGGAGCUCCAGGACACUUGAGGGUUCUUUUUAUGGACCGACCUCAGCUCAACAUCACGCCUAAAAAGUUGUGACAGAGCCCACUGAAUUUUUAAAGUAUAACAUUUUCUUCACAUUGCAGCUAUAAAAAUAAUUAUCAGCCUGACUGAAGCACAAUAGUCCUCUGAACACAUGAUCUCACCUGAAGGAGAUGCUACACAACAGUGUUUCUAUGGCAUCUGAGACACAAUCUGAUGUCAGCAGUUUUAAUUUUUGACACAGAAACACUAAACACUUAAUUACUUGCUGUUACAAUAUUCACCAAGCCUGUGCAAAAGAAAUAUAUGCUGACUGUUGUUUUUAAUUAUUGCUUUUCUUUUUGCCUGAUUACAGAUGCUGUAAAUAAAUUGUACAUUGAUUUUAUUACAUACA